AUGACGACGAAAUACUCGGAGCGGCAGCAGCAGCAGUCCGCAUCCGCGUUCGACAUUGCUGAGUCUCACACAGAAUGGGACAAAGAGUGUACAAGCAAACUAAACAACUCUGAUGGAGAAAGAGGACGCGGAGUCUUGCAACAGACUCUUCGUAUCCUGCCACUCGCCCUGUAUCUAAGUGUGAGUAUAGUGGUCAUUUCUCUUACGCAACUUAUCGGCGUGCCAUUAUACGUUUACAGCAGAGCUGCAUAUUACUCCUGGAUGGCGAUGACUAAGAAGCACUUCGGUAUCGUCUUGACCACUAUGACCUACUGGUGGAUACCAGUAGAAGUAGUAAUCUACACUGAUUGGAUAUAUCUAUGGUGGAUUAGCUAUACGGCGUCCAUGCAUGGCCAUCUUUUCAUCACCCUCAAGGAAUCUAUCAAAUACGUGCCUCUUAUUGGCAGCGCUAUGAAGUUCUAUAGCUUCAUAUUGUUGUCCCGUCGAUGGACCGUAGACAAAAUGCGCUUCAAGCAUCGAUUGGACAAACUUAAGAUUGGCUACAACGGACCAAGUUCAGCAAGUCUUACUCCCAUGUGGUUGUUGAUAUUCCCCGAAGGUACAAAUGUAUCGAAGAACGGGCGGGCUACGAGCCGCAAAUGGGCGGAUAAACAGGGUAUCAUGGAUAUGAGGCACUGUUUGCUUCCACGCAGUACUGGUCUUGCGUUUUGUUUAACAGAGCUAGAGGGCUCGGUUGAGUACUUAUACGACUGUAUUUUAGCUUAUGGAGGCAUUCCAUCCGGCUAUUACGGUCAAGAUGUGCUUUCACUUCACGGUGCUUACCCGCAAGGACGUCUUCCCACUUCCGUCAACAUGCACUGGCGUCGCUUUCGCCUUUCCGAUAUUCCUAUCCACGAUGAAAUUAGUUUCGAGAAGUGGCUGCUAGCUCGCUGGCGGGAAAAAGAUGAACUACUGCAAUACUUCCAGGUGAACGGACGUUUUGCAGCAGACACUGAUGUGAAAGCGCCUCUAGUUGGCUCCUCUAUUGAGACAGAAGUCAAGCCAGUCAUUUGGUUCGAGUGGGGCCAGAUUUUUGUUCCAUUUGCUCUUGCAAUCUUACUUGUCAAUGUUGCGCUGAAAAUAACUUCCUCCUGA